UAUGAGGUUGGGUUAUUGGAAUGUUAAGCCAAAAUGAAAGGGGCAAAGUGAAGUUUGUUGAGUAUUAGACGAUCAAAAGAACGGAGAGAGUUUGAAUAGAGUUGGAUUCAAAAAGGAAAAGUUGAGACUGUAAUAGUAUAGGUGUAUUUGUCUCUCUGCAAUUGGCGGAACGGAAGAGAUCUAUCUCCCCUCUGCAAUUGCCUUAACAAACAUUUAGAUGGAGGGAGUGGGGGCGAGACUGGGGAGGUCAUCCACCCGUUAUGGGCCGGCUACGGUGUUCAGCGGACCGGUGAGGAAAUGGAAGAAGCGAUGGGUCCACCACCUGUCAUCAUCGUCCUCAUCCAACCAUAAUAAUAAUAAUAAUGCUGCUGCUGCUGCUGCUGCUACCACCUCUUCUAACGGUAAUAACGGUAGUAACAAUCACCUCCUUCUUUACAAGUGGACUCCUUAUUCUCAAUCUCAAUCCACCAAUCACAACACCCCCGCCGCCGCCGCCAGUGACCCUCUUCUCCUGGAGGAGCCUCCUCGUAAAUUCAAAUACAUUCCUGUUUAUUUGCUGGAGAAACAGAAAAAAGAGGCCGAAGAGAAGGAUGAAGAUGAAGCUAAAUUGAUUGAUGCUGAGGCAAUUUUGGUGGAGUCAAUUCCAAAGGGUGAUGGUUUUGAGGAAAAACCUGAUAUCAAUGACAUACCUAUGGAAGAAACUCAGGAUGAUAAUCAAGUGGUGCGACAAGAUCUGAAUGAAAGCACGUUAGACUUGAGCCUGGGCUUGAAUUCCCAUGAUGAAGACUCUGACUUAAAACCUGAUCAGCCAAGAGAUGGACAGUUGGGAAGAGUGAAUUCAAGUGGAGUUGAGACAUGAGUAAGAUUAUUUGAGACAUAGAACAGGAGAAGAAAACAGUCUAUUUGGACACAUUUCCAAAUGAUUGCAUACUGGGCCAUCAACUGUUUUGGGGCAAGUCUACUUGAGUUGACCGACUGACGCAUGUAAUAUUGUCUUUCAUUUGAUGCCCCGAGAAGAUUGUAAAUUGUACCGAUCACAAUAACAUUUUCUUUUAAUAUUGAACAGCUGAUUUUUUUCUCUCUAUAA